UCAAGGACAACAUGUAGAGCAGAGUUUGCCUCCUUCCCUCAAAAGAAUGGAGAUCCAUUUCACUGAUCAUUUGAAACAUGACGGUCCUUGCACUGUCCAAACCCUCCUUUACUCAGCUGGGAGGGGACAGAGGGGUCGACCCCACACCAGGUGGAGAGAGUAUAUCUCUAUCUUGGCCUGGGAGCAACUCGGGCUCCGACUGGUGGAUGUUGUCUGGGAGAGGUGCCUUUGGCCCCUUGGACCUUUUGAAUUUGACGCCCUGUAACCUGGCAGCAGAUAAGUGGAUGAGGAUGGAUGGAUCUGAUAUUUCUCUAACGCACAAAUGACAUUAUUGAUUCACAAUAAUUACCAGUGGUGUAACAAGAAAGGAAACUUUUCGUUAAUAUAUGCACUAAAAAUAUAUUUUAGGGUAGUCAAUAGAUUAAAAUUAUUAAUCGUGAUUAAUUGCAAUGAAGCCAUGCUCUUUUUCUCUGUUCUUAAUGUAACUUUUAUCAACGCAGGAGUGGGUGAUAAUGCUUUCCUUGUGCAGACAUUUGUUGACUACAACAACCCAACAUAACAGAUAACCUCAGAGGAAAUGAAUGCUGCAUUGAUAUAGGCUUGCCAUGUUGUUUUACGCAUAUACUCAUUAAAAGAAUGAUAGGAGAAAUAAGUAUUAAAUUUGCAUAAUGAAUGUAUUCAGUACAAAAGCCUUUGUUGGUAAUGACAAGACACCUCCUGUGCUGAGAGGUGGGUCUCUUCUCUGACCUCUGAUUUUUAGUUCUUUCCAUCAAUUUUCAAUCGGGUUCCAGUCAUGUGAUCAGGUGUAAAACCCAUAAGGAGAAGAUUCUGAGGGGCUCAGGAUCGCAAGGAUGCAAGGAAGAAACUGGAACAAAGGUAAUUCCUCCAUCUGUGGAACCCCAAAGAAAUGUCUGCAUGUGAGAUCAAAACAGCGACUGUAGAACCACACGUGUGGAGGUAAUGCAUGGCAACAAAUUGACCCUGAGAUAUAAAUUGUACAUUGAAUUUUGAUGAAACAUCUGUCUGAACACGCCAACUCUGAGCUGACCUCAUUUCUCAAACACUCCCUCCACCCAUCAUGGUCAUUACUUCAGGAUUGUCAGUCAGCACAUCUGUCAUUCAUCAUUCAGCGUCGCUUCUGACCGUGUCUCAGUCCAGCACAGCCCCUCGCUACACCAUGCGGACUUUGCUGGAGAGCAGCUGGAUAAAAUUUGGCCCUGCAGGCCGUGAAGAUUUAGAUUGGUCACCAGGGCCCUCAGCAAUGCCCUCUACUAACCAACUGACCACAGGCCAACAUAGUUCUGAUGACGGCAUCUUCACUUCAGCGUCCAUCACCUACAUCACCAUAGCCACGGCCUCUGUUCUCCUCGUCCUCAGUCUCCUUGGCUUCACUGUUUGGCAAAGGAGGAGACAUCUAAGCUGCAGAGGGAAGUUGGGUCUUGCCAAUGUGAUCGCACUGGAGGACGUGCAACACCCAGAGAGGAAUUGUGAGCUCCUGUCAUCAAUCCAACGCAACCAAGAUAAAGUCCCGAGGUGCAGCUCAGAGCAGGACUGCUCAGACGGUGUCUUCCUCAUGGUUUACCUGCCCUCACCAUACAAGCACACACUCACCAGAAUUGCCCGAGUGGCCAGCACCAGCAGCUCCAAGGAGCUUCUGCCUCCAAGUCCUGAACUAGAGACCAGCAUUAUGGACGAUGAGGAUGACGGCCACAGGAAGAAGGAAGGGCUCAUGAGACACUGACAUGGCUGUUAUUUAUAAAACACAGGACAGUUUCAACAACACAUUUUUGCUUCAGUGAUACAAUCCUUUUGAGGUGUUUCUCAUCACACUGUGUGUCCUACUGCAAGGAUGUUAUACACAUAAAGCAAACAAAAAAAUGUUUGGAAAAAUUUUAUUUUUUUCUAGCGAAAGACAAUACCCUACAUUUUUUAGGCUAUUUUGUGUAAAAUGUAUAUCAUUUCAGUUUUCGGAGUUGUGCGGGUCAAAUUUUAACAACAUGAU